UUUCUUGCUCUGGCAGUAACUUAAGAUUAUAUUGCUAGGCCUGAAGAUGCAAGAGAAAUUCACUUGGGUUUUGGGAAAUUUCUCAUCUUUGAAAGACUGGGAGUCCAACCGCUACUCUCUCCCCUUCACGGUCGGCAGCUUCAGUUGGCGUCUUAAUGCUUAUCGCAGAGGAGUUUAUUAUGAUCGUUCUUAUGUUGACUUAGCCGUGUAUCUUUAUUUUACGCCUGGAUCUCCCCUACCAGAACGGGGAACGAUAGUCAAGCAUCGCAUUACUCUUGUCAAUGUUUCCCCUCGAUAUAACAAAGUCUUAGGAGAGAGAUGUUUUUUGAAUGACGAAUACAUCUCCAGCUUUGAAGACUUCUUGCCCCUUGACCAACUCAGUAAUCCUUUGGGAGGAUUUUUAGUGAAUGACAGGCUCACUAUCGUCGCUGAAGUAGAUGUUCUACCAGAUAUUGUUGUACCUGCGGAGGUUACUGCAUCUGUGAAUAGCAAAGAAGCUUCUCUCAGUAAAUCUCAGGGGGACUCUCCUAGUCAUCAAGUGGCGCAAGAUAAUGCUACAUCUCAAGAUAAGUUAGAUAAUGAUGACGCCUCUGAAGAUGGUACGGAUAAUGAUGAUGAUGCAUCCCAAGAGAGUUCAGAUUAUGAUUAUGAUGAUGAUGAUGAUGAUGAUGAUGAUGAUGCAUCUGAAGAGAGUUUGGAUGAUGAUGAAGACGAUUAUGAAGAGAGUUCGGAUGAUGAUGAUGAUGCUGAUGAUGGAGGUAGUGGCAUUACUCCUUUGAACCAAUUGAAUGCCUUAGAGGAUCUUUCUCUUAAGGAAGAAAAUAAUGGUAUAAGUUAUAACACUGUGGUGGCUGUGGCCGAGUCUGAUCAGGUUUCCAAAGGUGAAAAUGACGAUGCAUCUAAAGAAGAUGUUGAUGAUGAGUCUUCAUCUCUCGUUUUGAAUGUAAACCAAGUGAAGUCCUUGCAGGAUGUCUCUCAGACAAUGGAAAAUAGUGGUAAGGGGAUUAACACCGUGGCAUCUGAGACUUGUGAUAAUGUGCUUAUGGAGAUUCAACCAGUAAAGGAAACAAUGGAUAUCAAUGGUUUUGAGGUUGUUUCUUCCAAGGUGGAAUCUGUGAGACGUAUAUUCGAAAAUCACCCAGACAUUGCUGUGGAGUUUCGUGUAAAGAACCAACAUCUGAGGAACGCGUGUAUGAAUUUUCUGCUCAGCUUAAUCGAGACAAUGUGCCAGUCACUCGAGGAGCUUUCCAAUGAAGAUCUUGUGGAAGCAGACAUUGCGCUGACAUACUUGAGAGAUGCAGGGUUUAAGGUGGAUUGGUUGGAGAAGAAGCUGGACCAAGUAAAGGAAAAGAAGGAGGAAGAGCAGUCUGGUUUGGCCCGGCUCCACGAAAUAGAGGAAAAUCUUAUGAUAUUGAAGCAGAAGUGGUCAGACCUGGAUGCUCUUGCCGAGAAGGAGAAGACAGAGUUGUCGGCCACCAGAAGUGCUCUGUCUUUCGAUGAUCUUGUUUGCUGACCACAGUUGUUUAGGCAUUUGGUGUUCUUGAUAUCUUCUUUAAUUUUUUUUUAACUUUGGCCUUUAAUUAUUGAACUUAUGACUUGAGUUGUUAAGCAUUUGUUGUUCUGGGUUCAAAAGAAUUUGUGGUUUAGUUUGUA